AUGACUGCUCCUGUCUCAGGUAGGAAGACCCCCGUGGACUAUGGCGUACAGAUUCGCUUUAUAAAUGACCUGCAGGACACCGGAGGGGGAGUGAGUGGGCAGCCUCGGAAAGAGCCAUCAAAAAAGCCUCCAAAAAAGCCACCGUCUCGCUAUGGAGUGGCAGUGAGGGUGCAGGGCAUUGGUGGGCAGCCCUAUGUUGUACUGAAAGAGGGAGAAAAAGGAGAUUCUUAUGGAGUACAGCUGAGAACCCAACCACCUGCUUACAGCAGCCUGCCUAGGAGGAGAGAGGAUGGGGUAAUCCAGGGGCCGUAUUUCUCGUCUGGAGAGAACACCCCCCUGCGUCGGGCUCAAUCUCAUGGCUCCCUGUUGGAUAGAGAAGACGGCAGCGAAGACUUCACAGAUCAACUCCGACGUCCGCUUGGAGAUGGACGCUCUGGUAGCUACGGAAACCUGGAUGGAGGUAUUGGUAUGGGAGCAGACAGGGAGCUGCCCAGAGAAAGGAUGGAGAGAAAUCAGUGGGGUGGAUCCUACCAGACAGGGCUGAAUGGCACUUUAGGAAGAGGGAGAGCUGGAGGCAGUCAUUACACCUCAUCAGAAUCAGUUGAAAUAUCUCCAUACAACCAGCACACUCACAGCCAAUCAGCUCCCAACUCCAUCCGUCAGACGCCUGCCCACAGACUGCACAGCUCUGCAGCACAGGCGGGUAACACUGGGACCAACACCAAGGGGCGCUAUCCCAUCCCAAAUGCAGACAACAGACCCACCUCAACCUCACCGUUACCCGCUCCAUCUCUCAUCCUAAACACAUACUCUUCACCGCAGUCUUCCUCACCUGCUUCUGCCUACAGCAGCCUGGGCCGCGGCUCAAGUUCUGUCGCCAAGGUCACGGCUGUCUCUUCAUCUGCUUCAGUUGAUGGACAUGUAACUCCUGACCUUUUGAUGGACCAGGGUCAAAGUUCAGGGUCAGAGUUCUCAACUGAAGAUCAGAUACAGCAGAUAAUCUACGAUGGUCUACGUCAAGGGAGUACAGAGGGAGAUGGUGUCAUUAAGCACAGAGUUCGAGUCAUCUGUAAUAAAAUUCAAGGACUGAAGGUGAACAGAUCUGAUGACUCCUUGAAGGAGGAGCUUGAGAAAUGUCUGGAUGAAAAUGUACAGCUGCAGGAACAUCUGGGACGGAAGAAUACAGAGCUGCACCAAACACAUUCAGAGCUAACUCAAUUACGAAUGGACAGAGAGAAUGCAGAAUCUCAUGUUAGAGAGAUGGAGGAUCAGCUGGCAGGACUACAGGAGGAGCUGAGGAGAGAGACAGACAUCAAAGCUCAGGCUGACACUAUGCACAUGGAGUUGAUGCAAGUGAGAGGUGAGUUUGCCGAAGCUGCAGCGCUGUGUCAGAAGCAGGAGGAUAUUCUGAGGCAGAGAGAGAGGGAGCUGACUGCUCUAAAGGGGGCUUUGAAAGAUGAGGUCUCCACACAUGACAAGGAGAUAGAGGCUCUCAGAGAGCAGUACAGCCAAGACAUGGAGAGACUACGAGCAAGCAUGGAGCAGGUUUCACAGUCUCAGGCAAGUAUUGAAGCCGAGCGUCACCGUGUAAACUCUACGGUAAGGUCUCUUCAGCAGCAAUUGGAGGAGAGCAGAGAUGAGGGACACCACUGGAGAGAGCAGUUUCAGUCCAGCAGAGAAGAGCUACGCAACACCAAACAAGAGUUACUCCAGGCUCGUAUGGAGAAAGAGGAGUUUGAGGAGGAGCUGAAAGAUCUGCAGGAGAAAAUCAACACAAUGAAACAGCAGAUCCCAGAUCCCAAACAGACCCAGACAGUCAACCAGGAACUUGAGCGUUGUCAUGCUGACCUACAGAAGGCCCAGGCAGAUAUGGAUAAAUUAAGAACAGAUCUUGACAAGAAGACAAUGGAAAUUGUGUUAUUAAAGAAGAGCAAACAGGAACUUGAAGCAGAGCAGAAAUAUGAGAUUGACAGAUUGAGGGACCAGUCAUGCAGAGAUAAAGAAGAGCUGACUAAAGCUCACGAGAAGGCCAAACAGCUAGCAGAACCUUCAUUGGUGGAGGCCCUGCGCAAGGAGUUGAGUGACAUGCAAGAAGAGGUGAGCAGACUGCGCAGUCAGCUGCUCUCAACUGAAGAAGAGCUGCAGGCAGAGAGAGACAAACUCAGCUCUGCUCAAACCCAAGUAAACAAUCUGACACAUGAGCACAAGGAACUCGAGGAAGCCAAUGCGCGUAUGAGGGAGAGAAUCAUACGCCUGGAGUCUCAGCUGCAGGAGCGCACGUCUCAGAGUAUUGAGGCUGAACAGGAGCAGCAGGAGGAGACCAGGAAACUGAGACAGCAGCUGGAGGAGUCCAGGCAUGAGAACUCCAGACUGGGUGUAGAGCGGGACGAGCUGGCUCGUAAUCUUGAAGAGAAGGAGAAGGACAGAGAUGCUGUCCGCAAGGAGUACACACAGCUCGAGGACCAGAAGAGGCAGCAGGAGAGAGCACUAGACAAACUCAAUAAAGAGAUGGAGCGCUUGUCUGCAGAAUCCCGUGAGGAGGUGCGGCUCCUGCAGGCUCAGCUGGAUGAACAGAAAGGGAAGUGGAGGAAAGAGCAGCAUGACUUACAUAAAAACACCAAAGAGAAGCUCAGUGAGCUGGAGAGAGCACAGAGCACCAUCCAUUCCCUACAGGAACAGUUGGCCCGUCAAAAGAAAGAGCUGUUAUCAAGUUAUGAGGAUCGAGACAAUGCUUUAUUAGAUAAAGAGAUGCUCACCAACCGCCUCAAACAUAUGGAGAGUGAGAUCGAGACACAGCGUACCACACAAAACGACCGCUCGCGAGAGAUCCGCAGCUCGGAAGACAAAAUCAAGCACCUGGAGCUUGAGUUAGAUGAGGAAAAGAACAAUGCAGAGAUGCUGACAGAAAGAAUCACCAGGAGCCGAGAUCAGAUGCUCACCAACCGCCUCAAACAUAUGGAGAGUGAGAUCGAGACACAGCGUACCACACAAAACGACCGCUCGCGAGAGAUCCGCAGCUUGGAAGACAAAAUCAAGCACCUGGAGCUUGAAGAGAAGAACUCUGUGCUGUCCUCUCAGAGGCGUUUGGAGAGGAAACUAAAGGAGCUGAACAUCACCCUGGAUGAGGAGAGACAUCAGCACACAGAGCAGAGAGACCAGCUGACUCUGCGUGUGAAGGCUCUGAAGAGGCAGGUGGAUGAAGGAGAGGCCGAGGCGGAGCGGCUGGAGGGAUUGAGAAGGAAGGCCAUCAGAGACAUGGAGGAGAUGCAGGAACAGAAGGAGGCGCUGCAGUCCAAAGUCACGGCACUAGAGAAUGAACUCAAGAGGAAGAUCCAGCAGGUCAGACAGUCAGCUCUGGAGUCUUCAGUGCUCAGCUCUGAUGAUGAUGAUGAUGAUGGAUUGUAUGAUCAUUCCAGCAUAACCUCCAUCCUCACCGAGAGCAACCUACAGACCAGUUCCUGCUGAAGACCGAGAGAGGAAUCUGGUAUUCCUCUUCAUUGAGGCUUCAUUCAUGGACACGCAAUAACUUCAGUGCUGCUCUAAAAUUCCCACUCUUGGGCUAUAACUGCCAUGCCACAGCACCAUAAUUAUAAAUCAGAUUAUACAAUCUAAGGUUAAAGCAUCUAUAAAACAGAACGACAGCUUUUCACACACUUUGAGACACCUGACAUUUUCACUGUCAGUGAGUCAAAUAGAUUUCAGACAUGGCUUUAUUUAUCUAGACAUCAGUUCCACUUUAGAGACUUUUAUGAGAAAAGCCCUUAAUGAUCCCUUUAUUAUAAACAAAUACCUUUUUAGAGGAGAUCAGUUCAGAGUUGAAGACGUUUAGAAACUGAAUUUCACCUCAGCUCAGGUUAGCAAAUACAAUUUGAGACAUUUUUUUAGUUUAAGUAAUUAGGGGUUAAUAGAAGAAAUAAGAACUUUGAAUAAAGUGAAUUAACAGAGAUGGAGGGAAAGAAACAGGAUUUAAUUUUGUUUUAAGGGUCCUGUGACCGAUUAUGAGCACUGAUGAUUUCAUUAGGAGUGUGUUAAAAGAGGCUGAUGGGAGAUGAAGGAUAUCAGGGUAUUAGAAGAGGAAAUGAACACAGCCGAGAACAUUUCUCCAAAAAUCCAGUUAGCAGAGAGAGAGAGAGAGAAGUCAUCUGAAUGGGGGAAGAAAAAAAUAAAAAGUAUAUGUAACUAUAAUGUAGCAUAGCAAUACAAAGAGAAAUACAGGUAAUAGUUCAAAACAUGCAUCUAAGGAGGAAAAUCAAGUUUUAGUUUGAAGAAAGAGAUUAUAUUUCAAUCUCUGUUUAGACUCCAGCUCUUCAUAACACACUUAUUUCCUUAUGUUCCUUAUGAGUAAGUUCCAGGUACGAGUGAACCAGCACUACACAGAUGCAUCAGUGAUGCUAAAAUACAACAUAAUCACAAUAAAGACAUUUGCAUUUCAGCCAUACUUACUUUACUGCUAUGUUCGUACAAAUGCUGAACUUAAAGAAUGAGAUUCAAGUUCAGUGCUGAUGUACCUGUAGCAAGUGUAAUUUAGCAUUAUAAAACAGCAGAGCGUUUCUGAAUCAACUGCACUGUGAAAUUCUGUCUUUUCUGUUAUGCAAUUAUUGUAUAUUUUUUAGGUGAAAGCACAGCUAGUGUUUCGGUUUCCACCAAAAUUAUUAAUCGAUAACCGACAGGCUAAAAGACAAA